GCAAAGAAAGUGUAGUUUCUGAGCUGAAUGAUGACAACACUGCAGAAUAAGGAAGAAUGUGGAAAGGGACCAAAGAAAAUCUUUGCCCCACCUGCACAAAAAUUGCAUAGCCUGAUACCUUGUAGCCCUAACUCGCCCAAGGAGGAGACUCUGGGGAUUAGUUUCCCAGAGACAGAGACCAGGCCACACCUGCCAAAGGCUAGGUUAGAGAAGAAGGAAGAGAAAGCGACCAUAGAGAAUGGUCUAAGCAGUGGCCAGAAGAAAAAAGGAAAGGCUCAAGACAACAAGCAAGUAGAGAAGAAAGCAAAGGAAAAAUCAAGUAUUUCCAAUGCCGAAUUUGAGGAGAUUGUCCAGAUUGUGCUGCGGAAGUCCCUCCAGGAGUGCUUGGGGAUGGGAUCUGGCCUUGAUUUUUCAGAGACUUCCUGUGCCCAGCCCAUAGUAUGUACCCAGUCAGACAAGGAACCAGCCAUCACUACUUCUGCUACUGAUAGUGAUAAUGCUGAUAGAGAGAAAGUAAUGGUAUCUCAUACUCCAGAGAUUUCAGCCUCUCAGGACAAUGAUGUUGUCUCUGAAAUAAGCACAUCUAAGUCAGGCCAGCCAGAUCCUGCACCCUCUGGGAAGAAAUUCAAUAGACUCCCUUUAAGCAAAAGAAAGAAGGAAGCUCAAGAUGAGAAAAUGGAGAAAGUCCAAGGUGGACAUGAGCAUAGACAGAAAGACCAACUGAAGAAAAUGGUUCAGGGUCAUUCUCAGAUCAGGAACCAGCAAAAAGGAAAGCAAAGUGGUUUUGGGCAAUGUCUGAUCUGGGUCCAGUGUUCCUCCCCAAACUGUGAGAAAUGGAGGCGGCUGCGUGGGAACAUUGACCCCUCAGUUCUCCCAGAUAAUUGGUCCUGUGAUCAGAAUACAGACUUGGAGUAUAAUAGCUGUGAUAUUCCUGAGGAGACCUGGACAGGACAUGAGAGUGAUAUAGCCUAUGCCUCCUACAUCCCAGGAUCCAUCAUCUGGGCCAAGCAAUAUGGUUACCCCUGGUGGCCAGGCAUGGUAGAAUCUGAUCCUGACCUGGGGGAAUAUUUUCUUUUUGCUUCUCAUCUUGAUUCCCUGCCGUCUAAGUACCAUGUGACAUUUUUUGGAGAAACAGUUUCUCGUGCUUGGAUCCCAGUCAACAUGUUAAAGAACUUCCAGGAGCUGUCCCUGGAGCUAGCAGGAGUGAAAAAGUGCAGGAACAAAGACUGCAGCCAGAAACUGGGCGCAGCCCUAAUGAUGGCUCAAGAGGCAGAACAGAUCAGCAUUCAGGAGCGGGUUAACUUGUUUGGUUUCCAGAGCCGAUACAACAGACCUGACAGUAGUGGGGAAGGAAAAGACUUAAUGCUCUCUGGGACUAACAGCCUGGAUUCCUGCUUGGAGAAAGAAGAGGAAAAGGAAUCAGAGGUAGAAGAAGAGGAGGAGGAAGAGAAAAAAGACCCAACUUUGUCUGGUCCCAAGUCAAUCAAAACACAAACAAAAAAACCUAAGCCAAGAGGCCCUAAGAAACAAUUUAAAACUCCCGAAAGCAAGGCCUCAGCAACCAGCUUAUGUGAGGAAAAAGGAGGCCGAGUGGUACCACAGGGCCUGAGCCCCUCAGCUCGUGCUGGGGCCUGUGCCUCAGCCGGGAAGGAAGGGCCUAGACUCCAGGAACCACUGACUCAGGAGGCUGCAAGUGUCCCCCAUGAAGAUGAAGCCUCCAGUGACCUGGACCUGGAGCUACUCAUGGAAGAUGUUGGAAAAGAGCUGGAGCAGAGAGGAGAGCCACAGCACAGAGACGACGAAGAGGAGUUCACCAUGGCCUUCUUUGAGGAAUAG